UGACUCAGUGGAAAAGACCCUGAUGCUGGGGAAGAUUGAAGACGGGAGGAGAAGAGGGUGACAGAGGAGGAAAUGGUUGGAUGGCGUCACCGACUCAGUGGACAUGGGUUUGAACAAACCCCAGGGGACAGUGCAGGACAGGGGGGCCUGAUGUGCUGCAGUCCCUGGGGUUGCAGAGGGUUGGACGCGAUUUAGUGGCUGAAGAGCAGCAACAGCUCGGGCGGGUGGACCCCAGACUCCAAGCAAGCCCUGGUGUGAUGCCGGGUCAGCGCAGGGCCCCUGUGGUCACCAGGAGACCACGGCCCAGGGCGUGGCUCUACACGGGAGGAGUUUAUUCCUGGACUGUGUCCUCGCCAGGGCGGGGGCACGUCUCCUCGGCAGGCGGCCCUGCUCCACAUGGUGGCCUGGGGGCCUGGGCGCGCCCAGGGCUCUGGCACUUGGCCUCCAGCUGGCGGAAGGUGGGGAGGCCACAGCGGGCAGGCUGGGUGCUUUGUAAGCCCUGCUUGCCUGGUUCUGUGGGGAGGACCAGCCCUGUGGCCACGCCGUCCGCGGGGAGCCGGGAACCACGAGAUCCCAGCCGUGCCUCCCAUCACCGAGGAUGGCAACGCGGGACAGAACUUCCUGUGGCCGUGGGAAGGUUCCGUCUGGGCCGCUGAGAUGGCGGCCAGCAGCCGCACUCGUGACUGUGCGUUUGGAGUGUGGCCCGUGACGCUGAGAACUCAACCUUCAGCAUUUAUGAACAUGUUACACACGCACGUGGCUGACGGGGCUGGCGGCUGCAGCACCGGCAGUGUGGCUGCAGACAGGGGACGGGAUGGGGGGGGUGUUGGAGGGGGUGGAGCGGUCCCCGCCACGGCCAGGUCACGCUGGGUGUGGCCUGGAACCUUCUCCAACACCUGUGCUGCCUUCCCUCGGCCGUAAUGUGGGGUAACGGGAACAGUGCCCACAAGCCCUCGGGGGACGGCUCAGAGCUGGCAAGGGUGUCCGGGGACAUUGUUGAGCAGGGAGGAACUCCAGGCCUGAGAGCAAGCGUUCCCCGCCCUCCUCCCGCCUCCCCUGGAAACUGCCAUUUGCUCAGCCGCCCCCCGCCUCCUGCAGACUGCACUCGGCCUGAGGUCCAGCCUGCACCCUCACCUGGUCCAGGGCCGUGACCCGUGGAGCCUGCAGACCCAUCUGUCUGCCCCAAAGAUCCACCUGUGCCUGCAGCUGGUCAGGCGCCCGUCCCUGUGGGGCCCGCACCCCCACCACCUGCAGCUCCCUCUGUACAGGCUGGCACCUACGCUGGCGGGACCCACCGCAUCCGGCCGCAGCUGCUCGGCCCGCGGUCUAGACGCUUCCCACCCGCCUCGCUGCAGCCCACUCCCCCCGGGGGGGAGUCUGUGUGUCUGGGGCCAGCAGCAAACGCCCUCCGCCCCAAGCUGGUUCCUCGGGGGGCACAGGGCUGGUAGGGGUGUUCCUGGGCCGUUACACCAGAGGCAGCAUCCCCGCGCCCCAGAUGAAGCAGGGCUUGGCAGUUACCCAGCUUCUCAAAGCUGCGUAGAUGUCCAGAUGGGAAAGCUCAGGCCGCCUCUUUGGCAUGUGGUUUGCAGAAUUCUUUCAGACAUUUGCACCACUUUUAUUCUCCCACAUUUUUCUGUAAAAAUAGCCUCUUAGUUUACAUGCCUUUUACCACGUGUCUUUCCCACUGUCUGGUCAGGCCGUUCCUGGCAAAAUUCCUGACCAGAGGCUGGCGAGAGAGCUGGCACCGUGCAGUCUGGCUGCGGGAUGGGCAUCGGGUGAAGUGUGUAAGGCUCAGGCUUCAAGCCCCCAGGGACCCACCCCAGCCUUCUGCCCCAGCAGCCUGAGGCCACCGCUCAGGGCGGGCUGGUGCCUCUUGACCCCAGCGUGGCACCUCCGGGCGGUCCAUCCGUGUCUCCCAUCAGUCAUGUCGUCUUGACGUUUCCCUGACUCACUUGUGGAGGCGACAGGUCUGCUGGGCGCUGCUCUAUGCCAGGGCCCUUCUGGGGUUCCAAUUAGAAAAGAGCAAAGUGUGUGCUCUCAGGAACUUUCAUUCCAGUUGGGAGGGGAUGUUUCUGUCAGACGUUAGCAUGUCUCGGGAGGAAAGGCGCGCGGGGUUGUUACUGCCCCGUGGACAUCCCCAGAGCUCUGCUCCGUAGUGUGAACGAUGCUUGUGAUUUCUUGGGGACCCCUGUGCCCGUCGCCCCGCAGUGGGGUGUCCACUUGGGCUCCGGGGGCCGGGGGCCUGGGUGCUGGCCAUUGGCAGCCCCCUCCUUGAGGUCAUCGUCCGGUGGAGGGCAGCGGGCCGGCCGGGCUCCCCUCAUGGGUGAGCACCUUCCCGGGGAGGCCGCGGUAUGGGGCUGGGGUGGGCCCGGGGGCGUCCAGGGUUUCCCCCCGACCCCGGCGGCCACAGUGUUAACCUGCCCCUGUUCCCGGGCCCUCCUAGCCGCUGUCCCCGAGGUGCUCCUGCAGACGGACCUGCGGCCAGGCAGGCCCUCCCUUCAGCCAACCCAGAGCCCACCUUGUUCCUGGGUCCCGCCCCCUGGGAGCCGCCCCCCAGUGACCGCCCGCCUCCUUUCCAGAGACCUGAGCUACAACCAGCUGCAGGAGUUCCCCGCGGCCAUCCGGACGCUGGGCCGCCUGCAGGAACUGGGUUUCCAUAACAACAACAUCAAGGCCAUCCCUGAGAAGGCCUUCCUGGGGAACCCUCUGCUGCAGACCAUACACUUCUAUGACAACCCGAUCCAGUUCGUGGGGCGGUCGGCAUUCCGGCACCUGCCUAGGCUGCACACCCUUUCCCUGAACGGCGCCACGGACAUCCAGGAGUUCCCAGACCUCAGAGGUACCACCAGCUUGGAGAUCCUGACGCUGACCGGCGCGGGGCUCCAGCGGCUGCCCCCGGGGAUGUGCCAGCAGCUGCCCAGGCUCCGAGUCCUGGAGCUGUCUCACAACCGGAUUGAGGGGCUGCCCAGCCUGCACGGGUGUCAGAAGCUGGAGGAGAUGCCGCCGGAGCCCCUGCUCCUUAAUUCUGGUGACUUCUGCCAGCGGGGUCCUUCCGGCCUCCCAGUGCCCGCGGUGGGGGCAGGAAGCCCUCGGCCCCGGGCUCAGCAGGCUUCUUGCUGCCCUAGCGGCCUCCAGCACAACCACAUCUGGGAAGUCAGAGCCGACACCUUCCGCCAGCUCACCUCCCUGCGAUCCCUGGACCUGAGCUGGAACGCCAUCCGAUCCGUCCACCCUGCGGCCUUCGCGACCCUGCGCUCGCUGGUCAAGCUGGACCUGACGGACAACCAGCUGAGCGCGCUGCCCCUGGCCGGGUUGGGGGGCCUGGUGCACCUGAAGCUCAGGGGGAACCGCGCCCUGUCGCAGGCCUUCCCCAAGGACAGCUUCCCCAGACUGAGGACCCUGGAGGUGCCCUACGCCUACCAGUGCUGCGCCUACAGCGGCUGCCCCGGCUUCUUCCCAGCCUCGGGGCCGUGGGGGCCCCAGCAGUCUCCCCCUGACGCCCGGGACCCUCCCAGGCGGACACUAGCUGACCGCUAUGACCUGGACCCGGAAGAGCUCCAGCUGGAGAUGGGGGACCCCAGGCCGCCCCCAGCUGUGCAGUGCAGCCCCGCUCCAGGCCCCUUCCAGCCCUGCGAGAACCUCUUCGAGAGCUGGGGCGUCCGCCUGGCCGUGUGGGCCAUCGUGCUGCUGGCCCUGCUCUGCAACGGGCUGGUGCUGCUGGGCCUCUCCGCGGCCGGGCCCGGCCCGCUGCCCCCGGCCAAGUUCGUGGUGGGGGCCCUCGCAGGGGCCAACGCCCUGACCGGCCUGUCCUGCGGCCUCCUCGCCUCGGUUGACGCGCUGACCUUCGGCCGGUUCUCCGAGUACGGCGCGCACUGGGAGGCGGGCCUGGGCUGCCAGGCGGCGGGCUUCCUGGCCGUGCUGGGCUCCGAGGCGUCUGUGCUGCUGCUGAGCCUGGGUGCGGCGCACUGCAGCGUGGCCGCGGCCUGCGUGCGGGCCCGCGGGAAGGCGCUGGCUGCGGGCAGUGUGCGUGCGGGGGCCCUGGGCCGCCUGGCGCUGGCGGGGCUGCUGGCUGCCCUGCCGCUGGCCUCGGUGGGCGAGUACGGCGCCUCCCCGCUCUGCCUGCCGUACGCUCCGCCCGCCGGCCGGCCGGCCGCUCUGGGCUUUGCCGUGGCGCUGGUGCUCCUGCACGCCGCCUGCCUCCUGGCGGCGGUCCUGGCCUGCAUCGCGCUCUCCUGCGGCCUGCCCGCGGCCGGGCUGGAGGCCGCCUGGGACUGCGCGGCCGUGCGCCACGUGGCCUGGCUCACCUUCGCUGACGGGCUUCUCUACUGCCCCGUGGCCUUCCUCAGCCUGGCGUCUGUGCUGGGCCUGCUGCCGGUGACCCCCGAGGCCGUCAAGGCCAUCCUGCUCCUGGUGCUGCCCCUGCCCGCCUGCCUCAACCCCCUGCUCUACCUGCUCUUCAGCCCCCACUCCCGGGAGGACCUGCGGCGGCUCCGGCUCUGCCCGAGGGGCACCAGCGCGUGGGAGCCGAGCUCCUGCGACUCCACCCAGGCCCUGGUGGCCUUCCCCGACAUGGAGCUCACUGCGGGGGCCUCCGAGACCCACGGCCUCCCCUCGGGUGCUCUUGUCCCCUGCCAGCAGCCUGGGGCCCUCCAGCUGGAAGGCAGCCACGUUGCAGAACCGGAGGGAACCCAGUUUGGGAAGCAGCCGUCCUCCAGGGAUGGUGGACCACUUCAGGGGACCCUGGAGGCCUUGCCAGCAGGCCGGGGCUGGGCAGGCGGCGGAGGCUUCCAGUCAUCCAGCUUGGCCUCAAGCGUCUGAAUGUCCUCCCCACUCCCGCCUGCCCCCUCCAUGGAUGCUGCUGCCACCUAUGAAAUAAGUCAGGACGACUCAGUGUGAGCCACACAGACGACCCGCCCCAACCCUGCCCCCCUCCCAGGCUGCUGCCCGUGGGUUCUCGGCCGGUUCUCCCCUCAGUCCUGCUCUGGCCUCUUCCCUGUCGCACUUGAGGCAGAGGACCUGAGGUCUGGACGUUUGUCACUUAAGGGAAGUGAGGGGAGCAGAAGACAGUACUGGGGGUGGGGGCUGGUGGCCCACGUGGCCCAGAGGAAGGUCGGGGUGGGGAUGCCAGGGACCGCCCCAAGGUCUGCGCCGCGCGGGCCCUGAACGCACCCCUCAUAAGACUCCUGUCAGCACCAGUUUCGGAAAACAGGUCACGGCGCCCCUUUCUCAGAGACCCGGGGAGAAGGCCUGUGUGCUGACGGGGCAGGAGAACCUACUUUAUCCCGGUCCCCAGUUCUUGACCAGCAGGUUCGGGGUUGCUUGUUUGGUUUUCAUCAAGCAGCUACUAGCAUCUCACAGACGAGCCCCCACCUCUCCUGGGGGCCCCCUCCUGCACCCCUCUUGAUACCACAGGAGGCCACCCGUCCUGGGAGCUGGGGCUCAACCAUGUUACCUCCCCGCCUCUCUUGUCCUACCCCGAGAACACUGCAGAGUGGUUGCCCUGUGGUCCGUGGGGGGACGGUGAACGGCUCGCAGGCACCAGGGAAACCUCUCCCCUCGGAAGACACGGGGUUCCUGGCCCCUCUGCGGCUCCGAGCUCCUCCCCGUGUUCUCCGCCUGCUGCCUUCUGCCACGGGCCCGGCUGUCCCCCCUGAGACCCUGGCCCUGCCCUCCCAGGGGUGCCCGGAGCCGCCAGUCAGUCUCAGGGACACGUGUGACGUGUUGGGUUGCAGGAAGUGUCACACAGGCCCAGGCUCCUGGGUGCCCCAGAUGGGCCAGGACCUUGUGUCUGUCCCUGUGCGCCACCCGCACGCCCUCCCCCACCCCAAAUGCAGGAUGAGCAGUGGGAACUGGGGCUCGGGAGAUGGGCGGCUCGUCCCGGGCACCCCGCCAUCUGUCACGUCCGGACAGGACAGAGGGCCCCCGCCUGGUGCUGUCGGACGGGACGGCUCUGGCAAGGUCCUUUGAUUCUCGUGGCUGGGGGACUGCUGUCUCAUAGCCCUGACAACCCCCACCGGUCCCCUGGUGGAAAUCCUUGGAGGAGUCGCCAAGGCUGCUGGGCGGGCGAGCAGAGGAGCGAGGCUCCGCGGUGGAGCCGGCACAUUUGACAUCUUGUUCUGAGUCCAGCUGAGGAGCCUGGACUCUGCUGGCUCUGGAGCAGACCUGCUGUCCCGGUGCCAUAGGAGGGCCCGUCGGGCCCAGCACUGCCCGCAGGCACCGUCAGGGGUCAGCUGGGCAGGCGUGCACCCUGGUCUCCCCACCGCCUGGGCUGAGCCGGGGCUCUGCUUGGCGCAGAGACGGGGUGACGCCGGUGGGCCUCCCAGUUCUCCAAGACGCCCCAGGGAUGGAUGGCGAAGGGAGCAUGGCUUUGGGAGCCUUGAUUCCAGGCCCCUCCUGUGUGCCCACCAGUCCCCAAAGUUGGAGCUGCUGCGUGGGGCCGGUCCCUGCAGGGCCCUUCCUGGGGGAGAGGUAGGGCUCCCAGCUGCAGGCUCGGCCCCAGGGCGGCCCCACCUCCACCUGCACUCUGUUUCCGGCCAGCUGGCGUCGGCCAGGCCUCCACCUUGUGGUCAGAGGAAAGGUGUUUGCCACAAACUGUUUUUAUCGUUCAAAAGCUUUGCAGAUGUUGUG